GAAAAACUCGGUGAAGGAGGCUUUGGAACGGUCUUUGCCGGAACACGUGUUUCUGAUGGCCUACAGGUGGCCAUAAAGUUUGUUCGAAAACAGCAGAACGAUCGAUAUGUCCAAAGCUCUGUUAAUUCCAGGUCAAUUCCAAUAGAAGUGGCCCUGAUUGAAAAGAUGAGUGAACCACCAGUUAAAAGCAUCAUACAACUUAUCCAGUGGUUCGAUGAGCCAGAGCGCUAUAUUGUGGUCAUGGAGCUCUUUCGUCCUUGCAUGGACCUGCUUGACUUCAUGUGCAGCAAGCGAGGUUUCUUUACAGAAAAGAAGGCCAGACAUAUAAUGGUUCAGGCAAUAAAGGCAGUUACUGAGUGCCACAAGCGAGGUGUCCUCCACAGGGACAUAAAAUUGGAGAACUUCUUAAUCAAUACAAACACUUUUGAGGUCAAGUUGGUCGACUUCGGCUGUGGUGACUUCUUUACAGAACGUGAACUGAAUCAUUAUAUAGGCACUGAAGAAUUCUGCCCUCCAGAGUUCUUUCUGUCGAGGAGCUAUCACGCCGCUCCUUCAACGGUGUGGUCUUUAGGUGUGUUUUUGUACACUAUGGUCCAUGGAUACCACCCCUUCACAACCAGGCAUGAAAUCAUUGCUGGAGAUCUUCGCUUCGGAGACCACCUGUCCAAUGAGGUCUGCGAUCUGAUUAGGUGGUGUCUGCAGGAUGACCCGACUUGGAGGCCUAGUUUGCAGCAGAUCUUCGGGCACCCGUGGUUUUAGUGGA